UCUUCAAAGCAGUAAAUCACUGCCAGGGUCAAUCGGCUCCACUGUGGCCUCUUCCUAUCAAGCUUUACCACCAAUGCCCAAGUCAAACCACGAAGAUGGAGAACAGCAGUCUCUUGAUGACUUUAUCUCAUAUCCAAAGAAAUUACGGCAUCGAUUAUCCACAAAGGUUGCCAGUGAUAGUGCUACUGAUAUUAUUAUACAAGCACAGUCUGAUAGAGAUGCAGCACGGUUGAGAUCCCUGCAAGGACGAGGGGCUGGUGCAUGGCUGGAUGUCAUCCCCACUUCUGCUAAGCAUGCUUUAAAAACAAACGAAUUUUCUUUAGUGUCUCACCUGAGGUUGGGAGUGGCUCUACCUUUCACCAAUUGGAUUAAAAAGUGUGAUUGUGGUCAUGAUUUGGAUGAAUACGGAUACCAUCUUUUAACCUGUAAAUAUGGGGGUGGACCUGUGCGGUCUCACAAUUCAGUCUUAAAUGGGUGGAGUGAGUGCCUGUCUGACCUUCACCUUCCCCAUCAAACAGAACCAAGACAUCAAUACAUCAAUACUGAAGACCGUCCAGACAUUACAAUGUUUGAUCCAAAUACUGGACAGAAUUUGGAUCUUGAUGUGUCCCUGGCUCAUCCGUGAAGUCAGGACAUUAUUAGGAGGGCUAGCAAGGAAAAUGGUCAUGCUGCCUUGACAAGAGAAGAAAAGAAAAUGAAAAAAUAUUCAGAAGAGCUUGUCCCAGGAGGAUAUGUAUCAAAAUGUGUUCCUCUUGUGAUAGAACAUUUUAGGAGGUGGGGCACAAAG